AUGUGGCACGAGGCGCGGCGGUCGGAGAAGCGCGUGCACGAGAUGAUGGACGCGGCGAAGAAGCGCGCCGAGCGGCGCGCGGAUCAGCGGUCUCGGCGCGCGGGGGACCCGACGCAGCUGCUGCGCGUGGCGGGCACCAAGCUCCGCCUGGCGCACGACUCCGCCGUCUACCAGUCCGCGCAGGACCUCUCCGGCCUCAUUCCAUGGAACAACAGAGAAGACACGCUCAUAGACAGAUAUGACGGGCGGGCUAUGCUGGAUUUCAUUCGAGAGUAUGAUCCGCACAGGCACGGGUCGAGGGAGCUCACAGAGCAGCAAGAGGAGGAGGAGGAGGCGUGUAACUUUGAGCGGUAUCGAGACCUUGUGCGGCUGGGCUGGCAUGCAAAGACGGAGCAGGAGGGGUUGCAGCAGGUGGAGCGAGAGACGGAGGCGAGAGCCCACGCUCAGCUCAAGGCUAACAGGCCAAAACUGCCUGCUGCAGCAGCAGCAUCCGCAGCAACCGCAGCAGCAGGCAAGGGUGCUUAUGCUAACAUGCCGUUCUCUUAUGGAAGCAGUGACAAUAACGCAGGUGACUGUAACGAGGACGAGGAAGAGGAGGAUGAGGAGGACGAGGAGGAAGAGGAGGGGGAUGGGGUGGAGGGGGGAGACGUGGAGGAAUACGGGUGGAUGUCUCCUAGUGGGCGGCAGCGUUUGGCAGAUAUGGCGGAGCGGUAUGGCAUAGAGGAAUACGGGCGGCACAUGGAUUUGGCAGUAUCUGCUAAGGAGAAAGAGAAGAGGCUGCGACAGAUGGCGGGCAAUGAUUCGCGCCCUUCACGCAAGGAGAGGAAAAAGCUUGCUCGGCAGGGGAAGGAAGGGGGAGGCCAGGGGAAGAAGCAGCAGGGGAAGGGGGAGCAGGGGAAGGGGGAGGGGUGGAAGCAGCAGGGGUUGGUGCGGGGAGACGGAGAGGAGGAAAGGUGGCGAGGAAGAGAGGAGGAGAGGAGGGGAGGAGGAGAGGAGGAGAGGGUACGGUGGAGAGCGGUUGGAGAGGAGUUUGGGUGGGGAUUUCUCGGUUGGCUCCCCUUCACCUGCUUCAUCUAA